AUGAGCAUCAUCAGCGCAAUUAGCAAUUUUCUUGAGGCGUACGACGUAACAUACAGGCAGGUACUCGUUGGUGGCCUGGUCAUCUAUGGGACAACGCUGGCGCUUUAUCGUCUGUACUUCUCCCCCGUUAGCCACAUUCCUGGAGGGCUGCUUUCUCGCUUAUCCAUGCUGUAUGUGAGGAUCAUGGUUACGCUGGGGAAACUGCCAGACUUAUGUGAGGACGACUACUACAAUUAUGGCGACAUCUUUCUUUCAGCUCCUGAUAUUGUGACGAUUUCGAACCCAGACGACUGUCGCGCAGUGAUGGGAACUUACGAUUUCAUCAAGGACAAGUUCUAUGAAUCGUUCCGAUUAGUCGACGAAACCAUAUUCACUACCAUUGAUGCCGAGUUUAACAUGCUAGGGCGGCGUCUGAUUGGCCCUGCCUUUACCCCAGCGUCACUGCAGAAAAUGGAGCCAACGAUCAUGGAGUGCGGUCUUUUAGCAAUCAAGAGGAAGUGGGAUAAGCUGAUUGGGGAGAACGGUCGCGAAGCUAAUGUCAACUUCAAUACGGACUUCACAUUGGCUACUUUUGACAUUAUAAGCACACUCGUGUAUGGCAAGAAGUUCCGUGCACUUGAGAAAGGUGAGAGAACGAUCGUUAAAUGGGUGGAGAAAUAUAAUUGGCUCGCUCAUAUCAAGGCAGUCAUUCCAUCCGUUGCAGAGUUCCCACUGAAUCUGCUCUGCCGUCCUUUGCUCAAAAACUGCAAGGAGUUUGUUGGCUUCACUAGCACCACAGUUGAGCAACGCCGUGAACAAAUCCGCCAGGGAGAAAAAGUGCCAUACGAUCUUUUACAGGCACUUAUCGACGGGGAGGAGCUCGAGGCGAGGGCAAAACUGACACCAUCUCAAGUAACGGCACAAAGCAUUGAACUUCUGGGUGCUGCCAUAUACACAACUGCGGAUACGAUAACCUGGACCUUGCAUUACCUGAUGCUUUAUCCUGAGUGUUAUCGCAAGGCUGUGGACGAAGUUCGAUCAAUAUUUGCACCUGACCACCUGAUCGGCUACUCUGAGGGGCGCAGUCGGCUACCGUAUAUCGAGGCAUGCAUUUAUGAGUCCUUGCGCAUUUGUGCUGUGUCAGGAUUUCUCUUGCCACGAGUAGUACCUCCUGGUGGGGCGACAUUCCAGGGCUACUUUAUUCCUGCCGGCAUGACCAUUGCGCUCAAUAUUGCCGGAAUGAACCACCAUCGGAGCUUAUGGAGGGAUUCAAAGAGGUUUAUGCCAGAGCGGUUCAUCGAGCGCCCGGACUUGAAACACCAGGUGAUGUCGUUCAGCACUGGUGUACGCAUCUGCCCUGGAAGGGCUUUGGCAUGGGUUAAGAUAAUGACGAUCCUUAGCAAUCUGUUGAAGGAUUAUGACUUUUCGUUACCAGCGGAUGCGCAGUAUAGUCCAGACAGAACUGAUACGAAUGGGUUGCCGGUGGCAAUGCCUCGUACUCAUUCAGUGACUGUGGGCCCAAAGCAUCCGGAGCGAGACUGCAUCCUCGUUGUGACCAAGAGACUGCUUUGA